AUGAAAAGAACUUUGAUAAUAAUUUGCGUCCUUCUUUUGAUGAUGGAGGCAAAUUCUUUCUGGGGAAGAAGAAGACGGCGACGGAGGGCCGCUCCCCCGCCCUGCAGCGCUGUUGACUGCCUCGUCAGUAGCUGGACAAGCUGGAGUUCCUGCUCGCAUCAAUGCGGUACUAGCGGUACACAGACACGAACGAGGCGGCUGACGCGGGCCGCUUCUUGUGGUGGAAGAUGCCCUUUUUCUCUACGGCAAACGCGAGCUUGCAACCGAGAUACCUGUCAAAAUGGCGGUACUCCUCAUAGUCGUGGCUGUAGCUGUCGACCGGGAUAUGGCGGAACGUGCUGUAACCAAGGUGAGUGCAUGUCACUCCCACAAGUUUUUCGGCUUUGUAUGUCAACCUACUACAUGUAAGAAAUGACUGCUCUUUUCAAAGCAGCGGCUGUAGCUGGUAGAGUUCGAGCGUGCUGUCGGCAUGGUGAUAAUUGCGCAUAUCACUUCCACAUUUUUAUAGUGUUUCAGUCAAUGGCAAAAGGAAAAAAGUAAGAUGGUGGGAGUGAGAUUACUGUUCUGUGCGGACGAAGGUUCCCGCCAAAUUAACCUAUUAGUAAGCGUUUCUUAGUUCAAGUUUCUUUCAAAUGCAUUUCUAAGACAAAUAAUCAUGAUAAAUUGCUUCAAUAACGUUGUUCCCAAACGCAAGCAAGCUUGCAUGGAAAACAUAGUUAACUUGAUAAAACCUUUGAGCACUGAAGUAUGACAGAACGGUAAGCUGUGGUGGAGGUUUUCUUUAAACUGUACGCACGAAAGAGUAGCUGUAUGUAAUCGCUUGGCUUCAACUUUAAUAGAACCGUGAAUAAAGGCUAUCUAGAAUUUUGUUUUGUGACUGUUGAAACCCUUACAACUGACAUUUUAGGUGCCUCAUAAGAUGUCAUACCUUUUAUCACCCAAAGUAUCAAUUAAAUUUUCAUGUUGUUACUAAAUCCCAGUUGAUGUGGCCUUUAGAAAAUGCGGCUGUAGGUUACAUAUCUAAGGUAUUGUUUCAAAUUAUAACUUAAAAUUAGGAGAUGUACAAAUUAAACUGACACGACGUCUCUUUAGCGCAGGCAAUAUUCUAUAGUCUCAGCUCUUGCUGUGUUAUUUUCAUUUGAAUUGUCUAACCCUUGGCAUAGAAAUAUCAAUUCUGAAACAAAAAAAUUUAAGCGCUAAUCAGUCAUUCAAUCAAAACAGUCAAACGACAGACAAUCAUUAAAAGGAUAAUUUGGAUAAACUGCCAAUAAAACGUUUUUUGAUGAAGUCAUAUUCAAUUUUCGGAAGGGGAGGAAUUUAAGUGGAAACUUCCGCAUUAGAAUUCAAACCCUACCAAGAUACUUCUUCACGCACAGAGUCGUAACGAAAACGCUAAAAUACAGCAAGUUGAUGCAUAAGUGAUAACUAAGAACUCAUAGCUCUAAUAUUUAUACACGCUGCCCGCUGCGAUUUUGAAAUGAAUAUAAAACACUUAGGGUCGCGCAACUUGCCACGAAAUCUACCAACGCGCAGGCAAUAUUUGGUGUUGCUAAAAUCAACACUCGUAUAACUUAUCGCCUUUUGCACGCUUUGCGGGUAAUCAGAGAAAAUAAGAAUUGAAAAAGUUACAAUCAAAACUCGAACUAUGUCAUCACGGAAAUAGCUGAACACAAAAAAAGAUAUCUGUAAAAAUACAAACUUACCAGAGCAUGAAUUUGGAAUCCAUCGCUUGCUGUAGAAUGAGCGCCUCUUACUGUAUGUACUGCUACUUCGUAAGAGUAAGUACAUUUGGCGUGCAGAACGAGUGACAAAUGUCUUAGUUUCUGGCCUAACACCACAGAUCCCCAGCUAUCAUCUAAAGCUGAAAUAAACGCCCAUACUACUAACACAUUUGAGAGCCAAUUCAUGGCUACUGCCAAGUGCUCCUGGAGGUGGCGAAAUCACGUCCCUUCCCAACAAUAACCUAACGUACACUGGAUUUACAUAGUAUUUACAUACUGAGCACACAAGGCACACUAGGAAUUUUAUCAAUAUUUAUCAGCUGAGAACAUUUCUGUGCACUCUUCAAAGCUUACUUCAACUAACUCUAAACAACAUAUUUCUUAGUUCUGAGGCAUCUCAACCCUGCCCUCAGUUGCUCUCAGACAUGCAAGCUGAAGUCCUGGCCUCCAGAGAAAAUUUCGUAGACAACUGAUAUGCAGUGAUAAUGUCAGCACAAUCAAGUGACCGAACUGCAAAGGAGCUAACGCUAUUUUAGGCCAGGGUUGUUGUUGCUUUAGUUUGCAUUGCCUUAGAUUCGAAUGCUAUAAAAUGUGGACAAAGAAGAUGUUGUUAGCUAUAACGGUGAUACUUUCGUGUUGUGUGAGGGACACUGAUUCUUGGCGCAGAAGAAGAGGUGGAGGGGGCCCUCCUCCAUGUGGUCCAAGAAAUUGUGUUGUUGGUUCGUGGAGCGCGUGGAGUGCCUGCAGCCACCAGUGCGGGACUAGUGGAACACAGAGAAGGACUAGACCACAAGUUUCUCCUGCUUCUUGCGGUGGAAGUUGCCCGUACACUUUCAGUGACAAUCGGGCUUGCAACAGAGACAAUUGUCGGAAUGGGGGAACACCCCAUAGCAGCGGGUGCUCUUGUCGACCGGGUUACAAGGGGACAUGUUGUGAAGGAGGUAAGGAAAAAUACCAGUGGAGCAUUAAGGAUCACUGUAAUUGGCUAUUGCUGUAGCGGCUCCCCCGGUUGCCAUCAUUUAAAGUUUGCUAAGUAUCAUUUAAUUAUCAGUCAUUUUUACUACAGGUGCUGUUUACGGCCAAGUUAAAUAAAAUCAUGUAAAUAGAAAUAAUAAAACUGAAAAAUAUUUAAAACAAAUCCAGUUGAUAAAGACUAUCAAGGAUUAGAAUCACAAAAAGAUCAGCAGAAAAUUAAUUUUAAACGAUUUAUGAAGGCAGAAACAAAAGAAAUCCGGCAUCGAUGAGAAAAUUAUCGAUCGGAACUGGGAUCGAGGUGCAAUACGUUUGUGCUCUCCAAAUUGAAUAUUGAACGUAGUAUUUAUUCCUCCGUGAGUUAAAUACAAAACACAUUAACCAAUAAAGCUCUCAGAUCAACAGUAAUCUGUAUAUCGCAAUGGAUCAAUAGGCAGAUGCUAGAAUGAGCCUUCUAAAUAUUAUGACUGAAUAUUUGCAUCGCAACAAUUAUAUUGAUUCCUUGUAUCGUAACCUUUUAAGGACCCUAUUAAAAUCGCACUACUCUACUCGCGUUUUGAAAGCUAUAUUGAUUAAAAUCUAACGCUCGAACGAUAGUUUAGCAAUGCCGUCCCUCACUUUAUACAGCCAGGUCGUGGAUAAAGUGGAAUAACCUUUGCUAUAUGAAUUCUCAGAAAAUGUGGAAUUCCUAAGAAUUUCUAGAACUUCCCUGUGCUUCCCGGAUGUACAGCUAAAUAUAAGUACUGGGAACAUUUGGGAAUCUUAAAACACGAUUCUAGGAUUAAUCGGUAAUUCCGAAAUUCACCUAACGAGUCCUAAGUGAGUUCUGAGCUGUGGUUGGUUUACGGCUCAAAAGGAGUCUAAUGUGGGUAGGAUGAGCCCCCCGGGGACACUCAAAGGAACUCUGGGUAGAGGUGUGCCGCCGAGGCCCUCAAACCCCGACCCUAUUUAAGACAAAAAUUGCUCAUUUCGCCACUCUGUUUAAGACAGGAGACACUACUUUCUGACCCUAAUUUGCUUUGUUUUGCAUGCAGAAUUAAGUAAUUUUUCACACUAAAAUCGUGGAAACAGAUUUUUAGGGGAAAAAAUAUCGGUAUUGCAAAUGUAGACCGCUCAUCGCAAGACAAGACAAGACAAGACAAGACUCCUAUGUACAUCGACUUUAUCCAAAUAAUUUAAAAUCAUAACACAUAUUGCACACUAGUGGAAUUAUAAUCAAUGUUAACCUAAAGAACUAAUGAUCUUCUUUUCUCAUAGCAGUCGAUUACGUAUUUUGCAAUUAACUUUUGCACUGGUUUGUUUGUUUUGUUUGUUUUGGCUUCCAGUCCAAAAAGACGCUUAAUAGUGAAAUUGUAUACCCUGUUUAAGACUCAAGACCUUGAAAACUAGGCCAAAUAAGGGAGUGUCCCCCCCCCCCCGGGAUGAGCCUAGUAUCUUCGGUCUUAUCAUAUAACUCUGCUAAACUGUUAACAGUAGUGGGCCAUACUGAAUUUUAAUUGAGCAUUGUAACUUUGCAACGUUUAAAAAGAAGCGAACACUGUUCUUCUAUCCUGGGCGCGUGUCGUGCAACGGCUCACGAGCGGAAAAGAGAGCCGGUCAGGUGAUUACACAUGCGUGUCAGCAGAACAUUACAAAGAUGUUUACUGAUGCAGCAAAAAUGAUAUUAAAAUAUUAUUUUUGCCUCUACGCGGAAAAAGGUAUUAAAAUUCAAGAACUUGGCGUUCAUAGUGUCGAGUAAACCCUUUAUCUUGCUUUAACUUAAUGUUGGAAUAUAAAAAUACCAGUGAAAGACUGAAACAUUUAACUGAUAUUGGAAUGGUUCAGCCUUUCACUGGUAUUUUUACAUUACAACAUUAAAGCAAGAUAAAAGGUUUACUCGACACUAUGAACGCCCAGUUCUUGAAUCUUGAUACCUUUUUCCGCGUAGAGGCAAAAUUAAUAUUUAACCCAUUGAUAACCUUAAACCAGGAUUUAAAAGAUAGUUUUAAGAGAUAGUGUUUAAGUCUUCAUGUCCCCUAUUUUUGAAAACGGCUUUUUAUAGGGAAAAAGAUCAGAUAGAGGUGGAAAAAAUGUCAUGAGGGAGGGAGGGGAAGGGGGAGGAGAGAAACAAACCGAAGUUCAAUAACAAGCCAAAGGCCAAAGGUAAACUCUGGUAAACUGUCGGAUUGAAUGAUCCCUAAAGAUCCCUUGUAUCAGUAAAAAAUGAAACUCAGCUAUGCUGGAUGCAAAAUUUUAGAGAAUAAACAAACCAGUAGUAAACAUACAAACUCACCAGACCAUGAACUUGAAAUCCAUCGCUUUCUGUAGAAUGAGAGCCCCUUGUGGUAUGGACUGCAACUUCAUAAGAGUAAGUACAUUUGGCGUGUGGUACGAGUGACAAAUGUCUCUGGUACAUAGAACCCCAGCUAUAAUCAAAAGCUAAAAUUAAGCCCCACAGCAAUGGCACAUUUGAAAACCAAUUCAUUGCUUCUGUCAGGCACAUACUGACAUACUGCUGCAGGUUGCGAAAUGACUACAGGGGGCCAAACUGUGCAAAACGUGACUAACAAUAAUUAAGUAAACUAUUUUACGUCACAAUAGGCUGGCUAGGAAUUUUUAACAACAAUAUUUCUCCGUUGAGGAAAUUUGUAUCGGACCAGCUUUAGGCUUACGUGCGUUGAAAACAUUAUCGGUAACAAAUUCCGACCCACAGUCAAGCACUCGGUUGUUAAAAGAGCUGUGAUCAUUCCGAACGAAUCUGAAGCGCUGUUCUCACAAGACCAUUUUGUAAGACCAGUCGAUGCAAUGUUGCAGGCCGUCAAGUGAGGACAGUGAGAGAAAAGCAGGGCGCGAGAUAACGUCAUUUAUUCGGCCAAGCUGCAAGUUUUAAGCUUAAUCGUCACAGUUUCCUCCCUACACUAAUAUUCGAAGGACGAUGUGGAAAAUUAUGUUCACGAUUUUUUCACUGGUGGUCUUCUUGUGCGCGCAAAAUGUUGAUUCUUGGCGCCGGAGGAGACGCAGACGGGCUCCUCCUCCGUGCAGUGCCAGAGAUUGUACAGUUAGUUCGUGGAGCACGUGGAGUUCCUGCAGUCACCGGUGCGGGACAAGUGGAUCACAGAGAAGGACAAGAGCACAGACUUCCCCCGCGUCGUGUGGAGGAAGUUGUCCGUACACUUUCGAUCAAACUCGCGUGUGCAACAGGGACAAAUGUCAGAAUGGGGGAACACCUCAUAGCAGCGGUUGUUCUUGUCGGUCAGGUUACCAAGGAACGUGUUGCGAAGGAGGUAAGAGGUAACGUUGGUUGACGUUUCUUAACAAUUCAAAAUUGCACUUUGAACGAUAGUUUUUUAGAGUUGUGAUUACUGGUGAAGAAUCUGAAAAUUGUUGCUUAAAAAGACAACUGUUUCUAAUAUUAAAUUAAUCCGCCAUGUAAACCGCACCGGAAACCACAAAACAAUUAUUAAAUGCCUCAUGACCUCUCAAUGUUCCACGGAGACUCAUUAGAGCGGCCAAAUUAAGAUUUGCUCAGUAGAAAAUUAAAAUACUCCAUGCACUUCAUAACCUACGAGCUAAAAAGAAAAAAAAGAAAACCGUUAUUGUUUUGAAGAAUACUUAGGGCGGUCACGUUUCACACUCAUGCGCUUAUGAGUCGUGUUCAGCCAGUCAACACAUUAUUUCAAAUCCAAUUUCCUUUCCUUCUGUUUCUCGACGCUAAUUCCAAAUUGAUACGUGCUGGAAAAAAGAAAAAAACUCUCAAAAAACAGUUAUCAUUUCGCAUAAAGAGAGGAUAAGACCUCUUUAUCCUCUCUUGUUUCGCAUUCAUCGCAACUCUCGCACCCCCGACGUUAAAGGGAUUACGAUGGGUAGAGGGCCUAUAUGGGGAUUCAUUCUCUGAGAUUUAUCUCCAGGGAAAAACGCCCUGGGGACGAGGUUGUUAUAUUAAAAACCUCCCAACUGCACAUGACUGAUGUCAUGAACUGGUGGAGGGUAGAUCAAAGGUUAGGGCGAGGUCAGGGUUAAGGUUCAGUGGAAUUUUCUAAAUAUUUUAUCCAGCUUGUUGGAAAAAAGAGUAACCGAACUUCAAAUGAAAAGCUUCUGGAGGCAAAACCAACCUACAAAGUACAAAGAGCGUCCAAAGUUUUGCGUUAAGUGUAAUUACUCAAUUGAUCAAUUUGUUUUGAGAGACCUAUUAACCAGCGUGAAGUUUUGCGUUAAGUGUAAUUACUCACUUGAUCAAUUUGUUUUGAGAGACCUAUUAACCAGCUUCAACAGUUCAAAACAAAUUAAAGGAAACGUUGAGGCGAUGUCGAGACAAAGUUUAAAACAAAACAAAGAAAACACGAGUUCAACUGACUCCUUUCAAUAUCUCACAACAAUAAAGAAAGAGUUUCUGCUUUUCACAAGUUUCUCGAUCAUGUUGAGACCUUUUGAUCAGGGUUUUAAUAAGUGAUAUGACACCCCAAUUUUGUCUGGUAUUGAAGUCAUUGCCGCGCAAAUGCAAAUUAUUCUUGUAUGCAAAACUCAACACUCCUUCCCUCCCAAACUAUUGAAUUAACAGUAAUAGCACUUACAAAGAUGAAUGUUGAAACAAAUAGAUAAAAUUUAUUUAUAAAAUUAAAGCGUGUUUUACAUUAAUACCGUGUUCGAGAUAGAAGUUAACAGUUUACGAAAGCUAGUAAAAGAUUUUACUUGUCUUAUAUCAGAGGGCAAAAUGUUCCACAGAACAGUCCCGCUGUAGCAGAAGCUAUUUCUAUAGUAAUUGGUUCGUGGCAAGGGAACAGCAAGAUUGUUUGCAGAAUCUCCAAGGUUAUAAGAAUUAAAUAAGUCGCUGCGUAAUAUGAAUUUUGAAGACAUGUAAUCAGGUGCAAGGCAAUUCAAAGAUUUAUACACCAUCACAGCCUUCUGAAUAUGCCGCUGAGUUUCAGGGUUUUGCCACCCCAAGUCAGUUAAAAGUAUAUUUGCAUCUGCAUCAUAAUUGGAGUUUGUGAGCACGCGUGCUACACGGUUCUGGAGUCGCUACCCCAUACCAUGCUGCAAUAUUCAAAAUGUGGUUGGAAAAGGCCAUAACAUACAUCAUGCAAGGCGGUAGGGAGCAAACAAUGAUUGAUGCGUUUUAUAGCUCCAAUACAAGAUGCAAUUUUCUUAGACAAAGCGUCAACAUGGUUUUCCACGUUAGAUUUUCGUCAAUAAGCACGCCAAGAGACUUAGAGCAUUGAGAAUGUUUGAUAGGAACGUUAUUUAUAUUCAAAGAAGGCAGAGAAGGUAGAUUAUUAAGUUUUUUCCUUGAGCCGGUUAAACCGAACUCAGUUUUAGUCAUAUUUAGCGUUAAUUUAUUUGCGAUAAGCCAGCGAUUUAUGUUGAGCAAGUCCUCGUUCAGGGAAGACUGAAUGGAAUGGAUAUUACUAUACGAAUAAGUCAGAUGGGUAUGAUCACCACACAUUCUCAGGGUGAGACAGACAAUUGGGCAAAUCAUUGAUAUAUAUAUAGCAAAAACAGUAAAGGCCCUAAUAUUGUUUUCUGGGGAAUACCACACUUGAGGUGCAACAUUCUGACAGCAUUUUGGCACCCUUCUUUUGACUUUUAAACAAGGUAUAGAUUACCAUCGUUAUCGGCUUGCACUAUUUGGAGUAGGUUACAUCUAUCUGCUCGAGACGAGGAGAUGACUUUGUUUACGAUGAGUCAGAGAAAACGGGGAAGUGGAAGCAUCCGUAAAAUGUUCAAGAUGGGCAGCUUUUACCUAAUGAUAGGAAAAUUACAGAAAUCCGACCGGAUUUAGGCGACAUCAGAUUCUAAAGUCACGAAAAGAAAAGCAUUAGAGACUACAUACCCUUUGAUAACCAAGUCAUAACUAAGAAUUCCCCCACCCCACUCAGUACAGUAUGUUUCAAUGCACAGUGUGAAUCGUGUUAAAUAGUGUUCUGUUCUUGCAGACGUGAAUGAAUGCCUGCAAAAUCCCUGCCAGCACAUCUGUACAAAUACAUUCGGAAGUUAUACCUGCCAAUGCCAUUCAUGCUACACCAAACUUGGAACACGGUGUGAACUGAGACAAUGCAAAAUUAGUGGCUCGUGUUACGCUUAUGGAGCAGUGAACCCCAGUAAUAAGUGCCAGGUAAGAAAAAAAUACAAUAGAGAGUUUAAGAAUUGACACACGCGAGUCCGGUAAUUGCUCGUAGAACGACAGGUUUUUACUCAAAUCACGUCGUUUGACCGAAAUUGCGCAGUGUGUUCGGAGCUUUUCACAUUGCGUCAAUCUGCUAGUUCAUCCAGUACUUUUAAAUGAACCCAUAUCUCGCAUCCUAAUUUUCAUUUAGAUUAACAAUUCACUUAUAACCUCAAAAGUACAAAUAAGGACAAGGUCCUGUACUCUCCAACCAGUAAGAAGGGUCGAAUCCAAUACACAAUUUUGAUAUGUGCCCAUUAUGCAUACCGAUUUCACCUCAACAGUAUCAAAAAUAUAAAUAUAAGUAGAUGGACGACAUCGUCAAAAAUGUUCAUUUUGAUUAGGGCUUCAAGUGUCAACACCAGAUAACAUAGCAAAAACCAAAGCCAAACAUUUGCAAUAAGAAGCUGGUCUUUUUCUCGCACACGUUAAUUUUAAAAUAUGCUACACUGAUUGUGAUGGGUGUACCAUCCAAACAAUUUGCCCGCUAAAUUGAAAAAGUUGUAAUGUUGGUGAGGGAAACUAUCUACUAAAAGUAUAUUGUUGCUGCAGUCUAAACCUUUUGGUUCAAAAAAGGCUAAUUAAUAAAUUCGCUUCUGACAGGACUGUAACAGUGCCAACAAGAUGGCCUGGACAAACAAUGAUGCAUUACCUUGUAGUGACGGUGUGCCGUGUACUAGGAACGACCGUUGUUCAGGUGGUGUUUGCUCUGGAACACCAUUCACUUGCCUUCCGUGCGAAGAGUGCUACAACGACGCGUGUCGCGUUAAGCCCGGUUACUGCGUUAUUCAGGAUGGUGGAGUUAAGAAGUGUUUUACCCAUGGCACCUUACGUCCAGGAUAUCAGUGCCAGGUACAAAGCCCUAAAUAUAUAUUUUUUUUUUAAGGGUGGGGGGGAAUACCUGUGGCACGGCCCAAGGGUAAAGGGAGCUUUUUGCGCCGAAAAACGACAAAAUUUUGGAUAGACCACCCAGAAGGCAUUGCAUGUCCUGCCCCCUCUAACAGGGCCACCAUUGUGGCUUUUUGCGGGAGGUAAUGGGUAAUUUCAAGAGGGAGAACCCCCUCCAUCUUAGUAUAUCUAACUUGAUCCACAAAUGAAGAAGUCCAGAAGGUCUUUAUUUUAGUCCAAAUGGUCUUCGUUUUAGUCCAAGGGGUCUUCGUUUUAGUUCAGGGGGUCUUUGUUUUAGUCCAGGGGGUCUUCGUUUUAGUCCAUGGGGUCUUAGGUCUUAGGUCUUCGUUUUCGGGUCUUCGUUUUGGAAACACCCAAGGUUAGCAUGGAUUGCUAUCGCCGAAUGGUCUACAGGCGGCCCAAGCUCGCUACAAGAACACGGACGUGACUCUUGCUUGCGAGCGGUGUUGUGUUUAUAUACAAACGGUUAUUUAGAGAGGCUUGGAUGGGAUGUAAACGGUUUUUCUUAGAAGAGAGAACAAAUGUUGUGUUUUUAAAUAAAAUCGACUAACCGUAUUGCCUUGUUGUAUUCUUUGUAGUUUGCCCGCGUCUCAGGCCGUUUUGAAGCAUUUUAGCGCUAUUUUGGUCGCCGAAAACGCUUCAAAACGGCCUGAGACGCGGGCAAACUACAAAGAAUACAACAAGGCAAUGAGAUAAGUCGAUUUUAUUUUUUAAAAAAAACCGUUUACAUCCGAUACAAGCCUUUGUAAAUAACCGUUUGUAACACAACACCGCUCGCAAGCAAGAGUCACGUCCGCGUUCCUGUAGUGCGUUACGGUCGCCUGUCAAUGGUCUCGCUAUUGGAACACAGAGUCUUGCUCUUACGCUUCCCCGUGUAUCAGUCUUAUUUGUUUAUUUCGUGGCUAAACCUGGAAAACAACUAGUCACCUAGGUAGGUAGACUUUCGACUAUUCAUUUCAGUUCUUCCGAUUCAUCAAUGACUUUUCCACGUUGUUAAAGUCGUCGCUUUUUCUGGUAAUUUAAGGAGCCUUCUCUGACUGAAAAAUUGCCUAUAAACCGUCUCUGUUAGUCUCCUGCAGUAACUUACCUUACCGUUUUCUGCCUUCUUAAAUUAACAUGUUCUCUUCCAGCAAUGUGACAGCAAUAACAAAUAUCAGUGGACCAACAACAACAAUCUCAAAUGCAGUGACAACAACUUAAAGACCAAAGAUGACCGAUGUAUCAGUGGCGCGUGCGUGGGCACCCCGUACAACUGCCUUCCGUGCGAGACACAUGACGGACGGGGCUGUCCAAUCAACCCAGGCCACUGCAUUAUACAAAAUGGCAACCAAAGGACUUGCUACGCUAAGAAUCAUUACAAACCAGGAAACCCUUGUCAGGUACAAAGAUAAUACUUUCGUAUUGUACUUGGUAUCCUAUUGUAUCUUAAUCUGUCAGAAGGUAAAGAUUGUGACAUCGAUGCAAUGAAGCUCUCUGAGGUAAGAAUAAGUUUACAACAGAUUAAUUCAGUCUGUACAAAAAAUACUAGCAACCACGAUUGAAAACACAUGAUACACCAAUUCAACCCAAGGAGGGCUACGUGGCCUCAAACCUGAUAAGUAAGUUAAACUCGCAAGAAUAGUGCAGGGGAAAAGAAAAACAGUAUCGUUGUUGAAAUGGCAACGACGCUGAUUCUCUUUUCUUUUGGUCCAUAGAUAGUUGAGCAUUUCCGUUCCCUUAUUGUUGCAAAAGAUGUAUGCAAGCGCCAGCACUUUUCUCGGCAAUAAAUACCCAGUACACGGAAUAUGCUUCAAAAAUCCGUGAUUCAGAAUCACACCUGCUAUAGCAGACGCUUUUCUCCUGACACUUGUCACCGUCUUAACGUCAUUUACUUUGGAAACAAACACCACAGUUAUUUAACUAACUACAAGUCUGAUAACUUCUGGUUUCCAUCUAAUUUUAAGUGGUGUAAUCCAAGCAGCAGCACGAGCACCUGGACAAAUCGCGAAGGCGUGGCAUGUGAUGAUGGUGACAAGUGCACACGUGGUGACACGUGUCGCAGUGGCCAGUGCAGUGUCACCCCAUUCACGUGUAAUUCCGGGUGCCAAUACUGUAAUGGCUCUACCUGCAGUCUGAAAACAGGAUUUGGAUUCGUAAACAACAAGUGUAUGUGCAAGAUAGCAGGUGUGUAAAUGAAUUUAUACAGCAAACUCUUACUAUCCAGGCAUUUUCUUGGGGCACUAGGACUAUAUUGCAAGGGGUCAUAGGGGACCUGCAUUUAAUCUAAAUGAGAUGAUAACCACUCACGGGAAAUCUAAACGAGCGCUCGCUCGCAGGUUACCUUACAGCCGAUUUCCAAGAGAUAAGUCAGCUGGUAACAACAAGGACAAAAACAGGACGGAUCAUGGACAUAAUUAGAGUUAACGUAUCUUAAGAAGCAAUCCCACAGCCUUUUAGGUUCUUGACACAAGUUUUAUUGAGCACGUAGCGAGCUGAAAUACGUUUUAACUUACUGAGGACAAAAAAAUGAUGGGAAUGGGGUUUCCGUUCCUGUAUUGAUGUUGGGUACACUUUUGAAUUUAAAGUUUGAGAUUUAACUUCCGACAAUAAGAUUUACAAUGUGGAUCAAUUUAGGUUCCUGGGAAACUGCCCACCUACCCCUCCCCUAAAACAACAUUUUACUCUGAACGAGAAGUGUUAAUGUUGGCUUAGGGGAGGGGUAGGUGGGCAGUUUCCCAGAAACUUAAAUAUUUAUUGAUCCUACUACGUAAAGGCGACAUGAUUACCAAAUACAACACACGCUUUUCUUCACACCUGGUAGGUCAAGACUAUAGACACCAGACCUUAAAUCCGUCAAACCAGUGUCAGUGGUGUGACCUGUACGACCCAACAGCUCGUGCUAACAGUGCCUGGUCAAACCGCCCUACUGUAGCUUGUGACGAUCAAGAUGCAUGCACCCAGAAGGACACUUGUAAUGCCGGCAGGUGCUGUUAAAAGUCAUUUUGCUAAAAUAAAAUGCUGCUGAAAUGAUUAAAGAUAUACAGUGAUACUCCGUUAAAUUUGGCCGUAUUAUCGAGGCAGGGAAAAAUUUCAUGACUUGGGUUUGUAAUAAAAGAUACACCAUACAUCGGAUUCUCACUUCUUGAACACCUGCAAACAACCGGAAUGAUCUCGCGUACAGUUAUUGUAAAAGCUACUUUAAACUUUCCUUUCCUUUCCUUUCCUGUCCUUAGAAAUUGGCUAUUUACACCGCCAAAAACACAUUUUAAGUGAGCCGUAGUCUAAAAACAAUAAAGGUCAGGCUUAGCUUACUAGGUCAAUGAAAUUGAAAAGACACAGGCAUAUCAAUUUUCUUAUUUCGAAUGAGUGGCCGUAUAGACGAGGUGAAUUAUGAACGAUUCUACUGUUAGGGAUUUAAAAAAGGGGCCGCUGACCUUAUUAACGGGUGAUCGCUUUAACGAGAGAUUUUUAUUAAGAAAAUGUAUGGUCGUUUUACAUUGGUCAUUGGUCGGAAACCGUAAACUCGAGACUCUACAACAAGACUUCAAAUCUUCACUAGAGAACUAAUUGUCCACUCUAAUUAGAAAAAACAAAUUACUCGAAUACUGUACUCUCUUACCUUUCUCCAUACGGUUAAACCAGCAACCUCACAACACGUUCACGUCACCUCUUUGCAGGCCCAAAAGAGGCCGACUUCGAAUCGUUCGAACGUUUCUUAUUAAGGGAAUUCGGCCGUAAGCAGAUCUUAAAACUGGUAUACAAAUCUUUAAACGAUAUAUUUACUGAAAACAUGGAACGAGCUCUUUUUAUAUCAGGACCAUUGCCUACCAAGGCAUAUCCUGUUAUUACUAAUGCAAACUGUUUUUUCCUUCCAUUUCCUUUUAAAUUUAUUUUGAACAAAUAUAUGUGGACUGUUCUAUCCUCUAAUAACUCUGUUUUAUCUUACACUGAACAGUGGCGGAUCCAGGGGGGGGGGGCGCUCCCUUAUUUGUAGACCAAACGGUGGCCCGAAGGGCCCAAAAGGAUUUUCAGACCGACUUCUCCCCCCCCUCCUCCUAUCUCAGGUUCUGGAUGAUCGUUCCCUCACCUUAUCUGAAGGUCUGGAUCCGCCACUGCUGAAGCAUGCGCAUUGUAUGUGAGCCAGUUAGAUUCCAGGCUUUCUAACACAUAAAUAAACAGCAAUACAAGAAAACAAUUCUUCAGGAUGUUAAACUACAAUCGCAGCAAACGUUCACCCGAUAUUCACCGGGAUAAUCCGGGGCGCAGGAUCGGAUGGGGAAUUGGGAGGACCUAAUAUGCCCACCCGGGACAUGAAACCGUGAAAAGCGGGAUGGAUUGGAAUGUAAGUUACCUUGGAACCACCUUUUUGGAGUUAAAUUAUUUCAAACAUUGGACAGAGUUUAGGUUAAGUAAUGUUGCCUGGAAAGUGCCAAAUGUUAUGAGCACCUGUUUCAAUAACUCCGUGAAAAAAUGGUCACGGUAGGGCCGGCGCGUCCUUCCAACCAAUCCAGUGAAAUAAGAUUUAAGGAAUUGUCGCAUUUUCAUCAGGUGUUUAGGCCAACCAUACUCUUGUCAGUCAUCUUACCCGUCUUCAAGUUGUGUCAAGACUUCCCAGUGUGUUGGUGAUGGAACGUGCAGAGACAUUAUGAGAGCUGCAGGGACGAUUUGCCGACCUCCUGUCGAUGUCUGUGACCAGCCUGAAAGGUAAAGAACGAUGAGGAGGACGCUUCUGUAGUGAACAAACAUAUCCUCGUUUAUGUGAAAAAUGUUCAUAAGUGCUCUGGAUCAUUGCACCCUUUUUCUCAAAUGGACAGUAAAAAUUCAAUUAUACUUGAAACCAUCUGGAAAAAAUUCUUUUAGAUGUCAAGUGAAUGGUAACGAUUCAUUGCUAACAGUCCGGUUACGUUUGGAUCCAUAAAAUCUGAAAAGGCCGCUCUUUUUUGUAGUGGGGGAGGGGGGAAAACAAUCACGCUUACGAUACAGUAAAAACCCGCAUAAAAGAACGAGUGGAUUAAGAACACUCAGGCUGAAGUUUGGUUUAAAAAAUCCAUAUACAUAUGAACACAUUCAGCCUGAAAAAUGAAAAUUGAUCUUACACGAAAAAAAUGGCUGCCAGUGAGAUUAGAAUAACCUGCUAGGGUAAUAGUUACAUGGAAGGAGGGAGGGAGCAGCUGGUGCAUUUUGAAUUUGCAAUACUUUUCCUGAGUUUCGAGUUGUUUAUCACCAGAACUGCUACCCCCCCCCCCCCAAUGUAACAUUAUUGCCUUCAUUAAUACAGUUAAGGUUAGUUCCAUUCAUCCGUUAAUAAAUUAAAAUGGUUUGCAUGCACAUUGAUUUCAUCUGUUGGUAGUCUAUGCAGUAUUUAGAAACAAUUUUAAGUACACCGUAAGAACAUUUCAGGCUGAUUUUGCGGAAACGCCCAAUAUAGAAGGACAAAAUCAGCCUUAACCCCCAAAACACGGUUUCUUUUAUACGGGUUUUUACUGUAUAAGGUGCUACUCCUUCACAUAAUAGUACAGAUCAUCAUUUUUCUAUAAGCUCUUCGAAAUUUCUGAUCACCUUUUUCUUCCCUAAUGCGAAGGGAUCGGGAAAAAAGGGGUGGUAUUAUAUGGAAGACGCUAGCAACACGGUCCCCAUUUAUUAUCUAGGUGUGAUGGUAACCUUGGGACAUGUCCCGGAGCAGUGCAAGACAGGAUUAACAUAAGAACUGGCAUAGCCCAAUUCAUGGAUAGCACAUUUCAGUCAGUUGUUAGCUAUCAGUACCUCACUGACAAACUCUACCUUCGUGUCUCUUUCUUUUCUGUCUCCUGUGGCCAUUUGACGUUCAAAUGGUUUUUGCUAUCUGCAUCUUCCGCCUGUACCACUGCAUCACCAUUGAACGGAACAUUUCCUAACAGUAACUCGCAGCAAACUAUUACAGGUAGGUAGAUGUAAUUUUUCUAAAAUAAAACACUGCUCAGUAAUGAAUACACCAGUGUCAACCAUGGAACGUGUCUGUGGGGUCAUUAAAAAUUAAUCAAUGGCUGCUGCUCAAUGGAAAUGCUUUGUUUAAUGUUCGUAGUUAAAUCAGUUAAAUGUAACACAAUUACAUCAGAGGACGUCUUAAAAAUUGUAGACCGGACCACCCUUUUAGCAUAAAAAAAUGGAAAAUACCGCGCAACGCAAAACCGGACGUUUCGAGGUUGCUCCCUCUUCCUCAGUGGUUUUUCCGUGCCCUUUCAUGCACAUUUUGAUAAACUUUGUGAAAAUCUCUCCCCUUUUAGGCUGACUUCCUUCUUACGUUUUGUUUGUAAAAUGUAUUUUGAGGUCACCCGUUCGCGAUUGAUACACGACUUGCAGGGGCUCUCGCAGUGAGGCUAUUUACAAGGACGGAGGAAAGGGAGCUUGAAGUAGUCUGAAAUUAGUCACUCGGGAAAGCUUAAGUUAAAAGGCAUGCUUAUGUCGCGUGUAAAUUUGAAAAAAUUUACUGACUUUCAGCAGGGGCCAGACAUGUUUUCAUAGUUAACGUUCAUAGGAGCACGAGAACACUUCUGGAUCCUAACAUAGUAGUCCGUAAGUCGUAAUAUAAGGAGCAGAGGGAGGGGGCUCCGGAACCCUGAAAGUACCAAGGAUACGUUCCCUUACUUGCACAGAACCCAAGAGUCUUCCAAAGCAUGUCUGCUCAUGAAUUGUGUAAGACUUGUCAGAGGUCCAUUUGCAACUUCUCGCUUCGUAAAAGGAAGCAAGUUAACUUUUUGACUUUUACGCAACUGUCUGGUUAGCCCGAAUUUCAGCAUCCGAUUACUUCGAGUCGUUAUUACUUCCUCAGUAAUAACGACUCGAAGUAAUCGGAUGAAAUUCAGGCUACUGUCUGGUUACUGUUGAUCCAGUUUUUCCACUGACGGCAGCGGAAAUGGAAGCUUUGCUUGCUUUGGAUAACAGCUAGUGUUAUGAAAAGUCCAUGAGGCAUUGAAGUGCAAACUAUAGUAGUAUAGACCUACAUAGUCGAGUGGAAUUUCUGCAUCAUCACCUUCUUUCUAAAGCUAUUCCAAAAUUGCCCUGUAACUUUUCACUCCAUUUUCAUAUGGCGAAACCCCGAACAUGUUCCUGGGGGCUUUGAGUCCGAAAAGGCGAGAAUAAGUCAAAUCAGCCAGAUAUAAAAUGGUACAUACAAAAAUUUUAGAUAUGUCUAGAUACGAGGCCCCAGUUGUUCAAACGUUGGAUAGCGCUACCCACCGUAUAAAUCACUAUAAGUAUUACGGAAAUCAGUUACGCUAUCCGCUGGAUAGAGAUUUAUCCCAUGGAUAGCGCUAUCCAACGUUUGAACAACCAGGGCCAGUUCUUUAAACGUUUAAUUGAUAGACGGUUUUAGGGGUCCUGCUGUUUAAACAGACCGUCUUACAUUGUUUGGACGUGAGACACCUCUGAAGUUUUCGGUGCCCUUAAGUCGAAUGAAUCCACGCGCCAGUUGUUCAAAAGAUGGAUAACGCUAUCCCCCCGGAUAAAUCAUUAUCCAUUGGAUAGCGCAGUUGGUUUCCAUAACACUUAUCCGUUGGAUAGCGCUAUCCAACUUUUGAAAAACUGGGGCCAGAACUCAUUUGUUUGCUCAUAUUUGUUUUCACGUGUUUAUAGCUUAUCGCAUGCAUGAAACUUUUACAGGGCUUAUUCUCCAGAAUAACAACAGGUAUAAAGUUUCCAUACAAGCUUCGGAUAUAAGAAACAACGUACCUCAACUUGUUUGUAGUGGUGUGGUCGACAUUGAUACAUCGAAGCCAAGGGGUGGUUGGAUUCACGAUGGGCCUGGAGCUGACCUUAGUUACCAAGACACUAAAUUAUUGCAAGUAAACUGGGGUGGAGUAAACACAAGAAACGGUGUAAGAAAGUACGACUGGAAAGUUCUCAUAACCCCCUUUAACACAAAUCAGACCACCGAGCUUAUGCCAUUUACGACUGUUUAUCAGCUCAUUUUCGCACAAAAAUCUUUUAACAGCAUCACAGACGGCUCAAAAGUGAAAUUCGUUGUUCGAGCUUACACCCAAGCGGGACUGUUUUCAGACCUCACAAGUGACGGGGUUGUCAUCGACACGUCACCACCUAUUGCAGGAAGGGUCUAUGAUGGUAAUCAGGUCGGCUUUGAUUUGAAAUUCGCUAAAUGGGCAAAAACGUUCAGCGCAAACUGGGACAUCUUUACUGAUUCUCAUUCUCCCAUUUCACGAUACACUUGGGCGGUAGAGCGGGUAGGCACCGGAUUAAUCACGUCAUUUAAGGACACAGACCUUAACCGCAUUAGUACAGCAACUAACCUUAAUUUAGUUUCUGGUGAGAGCUACUGCGCAGUUGUCACAGGUUAUAACGAGGCUGGUCUUCCCACCACAGUCAAAUCAGACUGUGUGUUGAUAGACCACGAUGUACCGCUAGGUGGUACUGUAAAUGAUGGACACUUCCAUGAUGUAGACUACCAAUCAGAAGACACCAUGAUAGCAGCUAAUUGGAAUGGUUUCAGUGAUGGAAGUAAAGGGAGUGGAAUUGUGGAGUACAGAUACAAAGUCACAGAAGACGGUGGAGGUAUAAUUGUUCCCUGGACAUCUGCUGGCAAUGCCACUAACAUAACGCUUAACGGGUUGGUUCUUAAGAAUAACACAAAAUACUUCGUUACCGUUAAAGCAGUCGAUGCAGUGGGACUUAGCACUGACAUUACUACGGAUGGUGUUACUGUAGACACAACACAUCCUGUGUUCACAGGAAAAGUGGUCGUUACAGGGGUAAAUGACGUUAAAAAUGGAACAUCGUGUGUUUACAUUUCAAGUAUAUCAUCAGUAAAAGUACAGUGGAUUGGUUUCUCAGACGCACACAGCGGACUUCAGCGAUAUGAAUGGGCAAUCAUCCCCGCCGACAAGUCACUGUCAAACUCUGACUUGACAGAAGUUUCUGGGUCCAAUCUGCCUACAUCUGCAAUAUUUCACAAUCUAGCACUUAUUCAAGGAAAAGAAUAUUAUGUCAUUAUAAGAGCCUACAAUAGAGCUAAGUUAUAUAAAGACGCGUACUCGGUCCUUGUGAUACCUGACUCCACCCCUCCAUCACCUGGAGAAGUGUUCGACGGACCAACAUACAAGGUGGACAUCGACUAUCAGGCUGAGAUUCACCAUGUCUAUGGAUCUUGGGAAAAUUUCCCCGAGCCUCAUACUGCGGUCAAGCAGUACUACUAUGCGGUGGGAAGCUGUAUCACUGGAAACUACCACGUCACAGAAAAUGCAUUCGUUAAACUACAUCCUCCGACGGCCACUUCUUUUGUGCUAUCCAACGUCACACUUGCUAAUGGCCAGCGAUACUGCGUGAAAAUCAAGGCUGAAAACAAAGCCGGUUUGUUUAGUAACGAGAUAUCCUCGGAUGGCUUUAUCGCCGAUGUGACACCACCGGAUACGCGAAACGCCCAGGUGCGAGACGGAAUGACAGGUUCGGACAUCGACUUUCAAGACAACACCACAGCAUUAUCAGCACAAUGGGACGGUUUUGCGGACCGCGAAUCUGGAAUUCAUUAUUACGAAUACGGAAUAGGCAAAAGUCGUGGCAGAAAUGCCGAUGUUUUUUCUUUCAAGAAUAUAGGCCUUAACACUUCAGCUACUGCGGGUGGCCUAUCAUUAAGUGAUGAUGUCUAUUACUUCAUCGUCUGCGCCGUAAACAAGGCCGGGCUGCGCCAGUGCCUCAGCUCAGAUGGCGUUCUCAUAGAUUUCAGCCCUCCGAGCCUUGGGGUGGUGCACGACGGGAUUAUUGAACCCGAUCUGAAAUACCAGUCCUCUUUGUCAAGUAUGGCUGCUAACUGGGAAGGAAUCUGGGACUUGGAAAGUGGAAUCGCAAAAUUUGAGUGGAGCAUUGGAACCAGUGCAAAUGACAAGACCAGUGUUCAAGGCUACACUGAUGCUGGACUCUCAACCCACGUUAGAAGUAAAGCUGUUCUUAAUCUAUUGAGUGGAACAAAGUAUUACGUUCAUCUAAAAGUCACGAAUCAGGCAGGAGCUGUUAGAGAACUUGUUUCAGAUGGCGUAAUAGCAGAUGGGACACCUCCAAAGCCAAGCGUAAUCUACCCAGGUUUUGGGUCGCAAGGCGAAUGGAUAUACAGCGACCAAGAAAGUUCCUUUUACUCUGCUUCAGCAUCAAGCAUUGCAGCUUACUGGACCCGAUUCGCCGAACCUGAAAGUGAGGUAUGGUACUACAAGUGGGCCAUUGGUACAAGCAAAUGUGGCACUCAAGUGCAGCCACUUGUUAACAUUGGCCGGUUAAACUACGCCAAUACGACAACGUCUGAUCUGGUCUUUAGAUCCGGUAUUAAAUAUUACGUUACGGUAACAUCAAGAAAUCGGGCUGGUCUUGUGUCACGGUCGUGCUCAGAUGCCCUGGUCUUUGACAGCACUCCACCACGUGCAGGAAAAGUUUACGUUGGACAGUCUUCAAACAAACACAGAACGAAAACCUUCCAUGACGGGAAGGGCAUUAUUAUUUCAUGGAAAGAAUUUACAGACCGCGAAAGUGGCAUAAGCAAAUGUAAUAUCUCUGUAGAGAAUCAAGUGGGUGACGUUCUGUUCUUCCACAGUAGCAAUGAAACUUUAGGUAAUAUCUCUCUUCCUCACCAUGUCCACCUUUCUCAUGGCCAAAGCUACAAUGCAACUGUCGAGUGUGCAAACCACGCAGGCCUUACUUCCUCUUCAUCUACCACUUUCGUAAUCGACGACACACCUCCCAUUCAGAACGGUCCCAUUAUAGCCGGUGUUUCACGUGAUCAACAUUAUCAAUAUCAGUCGGACAAAACCUCUGUAACCGCCACUUGGACUCCAUUUACAGACCCAGAAAGUGAUAUCAGGAAUUAUCAAUUCGCCAUGGGAACUCGACCCAGCCUAGACGACAUUAUUAGCUUUGAAGACGUUCAUCUCGCAACUCGAGUAAAUAAAAAUGGCUUAAGUCUUCUUCAGGGAGCUGUCUACCACAUAACGGUGAUAGCAACGAACUUUGCAGGUUCAAGUACAAAUGUAUCAUCGCUUGCACUGAGGAUAGACACUACACCCCCCCUAGGUGUUAAUGGCUGCGUCCAUGAUGGACCAAGUGGUAACGAUAUAGACUUUUUUUCUCCUAAUAUAGAUCUUGCAGCGCAUUGGGAGGAGAUUAAUGAUGCUGAAAGUAGUAUCGUAGAAAGCAAGUACUGUAUUGGAACAAAGCCUCGGGGUUGCCAGAUUCAAGCAACCAGAAGUGUUCAAGGGAAUAAAUCAUUCAUCUGCCCGACAUGCAAAGCGAAUCCAGGAGAACGAGUUUUCGUUACAGUAACAGCCACAAAUGGAGCGGGCCUGUCAGUGACUCGCAGCUCCAAUGGAAUGGUAUUAGAUGUUACUGCUCCUCGUAUGGGCUCCGUUAUUGACGGAAGUCAUGUAACAGGCGUUGACUACAAUGUUGUUCUUGAAGAGUGGAAUGUCUCCAUGUCUUGGUUUGGUGUGGAGGAUCCUGAAAGUGGUGUAAAAUCGUGCUUAUGGCGAGUACAGGACGCAGAUGGUUACACAGUGCUUGAAAAUGAGAUAAGCAAUAAUACAGUCUACGGACAAAAGAAAGUCUUUACUCGCCCUCAGACAUACCUUGAACUAAACUUUCUAAAAAACGUCACUUACUAUAAUGUAAUAACUUGUUGGAGCAAAGCAAAACUGCACAGGACAGCUCGUUCAAAUGGGUUUCGGGUGGAAUCUGUCUGGCCUGUUCCGGCAUCCGUCAGAAAUGGCAAAAAACAAGGUGUUAAUCUCAUCUAUACAACGAGCACUAGAAUUAUUGGUGCCAACUGGGAUCCUUUUACAAGCGACAUGACGGACCCAGUUGUUGACUACGAGUGGGCCGUUGGCACGGCUGUCGGUAAAAACGAUAUCCUACGUUUUACUAGUGUAGGCCUCAAGACGAGCAUUGAAAAAGACUUGGCACCCAACGCACCAGGAGUUGACGUUUUGGUUGCUGGUCAGAAGCAUUACAUCACUAUAAAAGCUACGUCUGCUGCCGGCUUGACAAGUAUCGCGAGUUCAAGUGGGUUUAUUGUAGAUCCGAGCCCUCCAGUGAAGGCAGAGGUAAUCACUAGUCACGUGGUGACUGACCAAAAACAGCGCAUAGUCGAAAUUCAUGUUUCUUGGGAUGGCACGCAGGACUACGAAAGUGGCAUUGAAAGCAGCGAUUACUGCUUAGGGACCACGCCCCUUACAUGUGUGGACGGUGCUACAAGUGUCGGACCGUCUACAGCCGGGACCAUUGGCCCGUUCAAGCCUGAACCUCAAGCAGGUUAUUACGUCACUGUAAUUGUUGCAAACAGAGCUGGCCUUAGAUCUGUCAUGUCUUCCAAGAAGCUAAUCUUUGACUCAACGUCUCCAACCCAAGGUACCGUAGUUGACGGACUGGGCCAAGACAUUGAUUUCACGGAUUCCAUGAAUUCUCUUUCGGUUCAGUGGGAAGGCUUUGAAGACGAGGAGACUGGCAUUGCUAGCUGUUCGUGGUCACUAAUAGAACAAUCUGCUUCUGACAACAGUUCUGCAUUUGGAAAUGACACUGUCGUGUUAACAGAGUCUGUGCCAAGCAGAGGUAACCUCACUCGAGUAAAUCUCAAUCUUGUCCCAGGCGCCCGCUAUGUUAGCAAGAUAACUUGCUCGAAUGGGGAUGGUUUCAACUCCACGUCCUUCUCUGAUGGGAUCGUUGUUGACGUCACGGCAGCUAGUUCUGGUCUAGUACACGAUGGAUCGUCUCUUAAAACUGAUAUGCAGUAUCAAUCCUCAUCAUCAAAGGUAGAGGCAAUAUGGGAACCUUUCAAAGAUCAAGAAAGUGGUGUAGUGAAUUAUCGCUGGAGCAUAGGCACUUCACCAGACAGAACUGACGUUCUAAACUUCACAGACGUUGAUAUUAAAACCUAUGCCAAAACAUCAAACCUUACUCUCACUCACAGUCAGCGAUAUUACGUGACUGUUGAGGCCACAAAUGGUGCUGGAAUAACUUCUCAUGGAUGGUCUGAUGGCUUCCUCGUGGACAUUUCUCCGCCUCUUUUAACAGAGGUAAGCGCUAGCAACUCUUCAGAACCAAUCACAACUAAUCGUAAUUUAAAUCCCAACUCAACUUAAAUUAAAAGCAGUUUUAUCAAAGAAACAAACAUUACCUUGAAGUACCAGAUUUAUUAAAACAGUGCACAAGCGACACAGUUCUCACACCAGGGGAACUGUUUACAUGUUUUCAGACCAAGAAGUGCCCAGAGGAUUUUUUUUUGCAUUGUUACUCAAAAAUUGCUUGAAUUUCUGGGGUGACUAUUAGUGUUUUUGGCCAUGAAGAAUGUAGAGCUACUCUAUAGAAAAGCCAUUAUUAAUAAAAAAAGUAACAAUAAUAAUAAUAUUAACAAUAUAUUUAUUAUUAUUAUUAUCAUCAUCAUUAUUAUCGUUAGUCCUAGUGGUAGUAGUAGUAGUAUCAAAUUUAUCUAAGGAACAAAUUAACACCUACUGAAGAGAAGAGUUUCUCGCUUAAAAUUUUAUUGAACAAAAACGUCGUAGAGAAAACCUUCAAGAGGUUGCAUGCACACCCUCGUUCUUCUGAGAGGUCAGAGCAAUUGUGUUUUUCUAAUUUUCAGCUUUCAAGUAGCUCAAAUGUAUGGCUCGGCCCAAAGGACAGCCUUAGCGCCUCGUGGAAAUCAAGCGAUCCCGAGAGUGACGUUAUAAAAACUGAAUUCUGCGUGGGAACGAUUUCCAUUGGUUGCCAGAUUAAAUCUAUGACUGAGCUACCACCAAAUGCCACCAAUGUCUCUUGCGAUGACUGUCGGUUAACCCACCUUGGAUCAUACUACGUCACAAUCCGAGUGACAAACGGGGCCGGUUCGUUUACAGUAGCAGCAACGAAUGAAAUAAAAGUAGACUUAACAUCACCAGUGGUCGGUGACAUAGUUCACGUGACGGAUGUCACGCCGUGCGUGAACAACUGUACCUUGAUUGCAAACAUCUCGUCAUUCCUCGACAACGAAAGUGGUAUCAAGUUAUGCCGUUAUGCGAUACGAAACAGCAGUCACCUUUUGGGAGACUUUGUGAACAACGGAUUGGACAAAACUUUGAGAGCGGCAGGUCUGCGGUUACAGACUGGUGAAAGGUACUACUUUGUUGUUAGGUGCGAAAAUACUGUUGGACUUGUCACGGAAAAAACGUCUAUUGUGCCAGUGAUUGUUGACAACACACCUCCAAAGAAGGUAAAUUGAAUUUAUUUAGAGAACUCAUAGUCUUAACGCUGUUGCUGUUGUUUGAUGUGCCACUAAUCCUAAGCGCUCCUCCCUUGGUGAACGUUAUUCCCUCGCCGGUAGGUGAUACGAGUUAAAGUUUGUUGAAAUGUCCAUAAGCAAGUAACGCAUUCGCAAACCAAAAGAUUUAUUCCCUGUUUAACCUACCCGGGCAACAAAUAUAGCCUUUAGCCUUUCCUGAACAAUUGGCUUCCAUCACCCUUGUUCUGUAACGAGAACAAGUCGACACUUCUAUGAAGCAUGAUGCUUAUAAUUAGAGUAUGUGGAUAUAGCCUUAAAAGGCAAAUGAAUGGCAGCUUGCAAACAACCUCGUUCCCAGGGUCCUUUCCUUACCGUCCCUGCAGGGACUGAUAGGAGAGGACCCCAGGGCGAGGUUGGCUUGUAAAUAGUUGCGCCAUCAAAAGUGUGACUGGUUGAGGCUUCUGACAAUGAAGGGCUUCCACUUUCGGUCUCACUGAAAGAAGAACCAUCACCUGCAAGCACGGAAAUGCUGACAUCUGAAUAUCAACUUCUUUGUUUUUAGGGUUCAGUUAUAGUGAGCGCAGACCGCACGCAUGACGUGUUUGGCAUUCACUCAAGCUGCCACUUAUUUAACAGAACAUUGCGGGCUCACUGGUUUGGUUUCAAUGACGAGGAAUCAGGCAUCAGCGGCUUUCGCGUAGCAGUGGGAAAGAAACCCAAUGCAGUGGACGUUUUGCCUUUUCAUGACGUUGGCAUGACAACAAAUAUCACCCUACUCUUGAAUAAUACAAGUGGGCUGUUUGAUGGGGACAUCGUGUAUGUAACAGUAGAGUCAAGCAAUCAAGCUGGUCUAACAACUUACAGCAGUUCGCCCCCUACAAGGCUGAUUUCAGCAGACAGCGAUGCUUAUACAUCUGAAGGAGACUUUUACUGCUAUAAUGUUUAA